AUGGACGAAUUAGAAUUAUAUGAUCUUGGUCCUUUAGAAGAUCCCUUGUCUCCAGAACGUCUUGCUGGACACUACACUGAAGCUGAAAAAUUCUGUACACCAGACUCAUUAGCAGCUUCAUCAAACUAUAUCAAUAUACUACUCACAAGCUAUGGAUACCCAAUACCGCUGGAUUUUGAUUCGACAGAGGCAGAUGAUAAAUGUCGCAUUGUCAACUGUUUAUACACAUUACUGAAUGAUCGCAAGAAAGACGAAAAAGACCGUGAAGAGUGCAUCCAAGCCAUCAACCGAGUUAACAAAGAGAAGAAAGAGCUUGAAGAUCAACUAAUCAAAUCAAAAAGAGAACUAGCUCUUAAAGACAAACACAACAAGGAAACAAUAGCCAAAUUAGAGGCUAGUCAAGUCAGUCUAAAGAACCAGAGCAUGCAGACAACCCGAAUGAAAGAAGAGAUCUCCAAACUAAAGCACAAUAUGCAAUACAUGAAAGCCCAGUACUCCCACGAGACCAAGAAGCACGAGAACGAGCUAGCCAAAGUUCAGGAACGGCUAAUAAAGAGCAUGAAUCAGCGCAACAAGGUGAACGUAUCCUACUUAGACAUCAACACACACUUUGAAACAACAACCAACACCGAGGCAGACAACGAUCAGGUGGUUCAGAUUCGAUCCAUGUACACAGAUUUACUAGCGAAAUCCAACAGCAAGGAAAGAUCGCUGCGAAUUGAGAACGAAGAGUCAAGAAAAGGACUGACGACCCUAUUCACCAGUAUACGUCGAUUGCUGGAAGAUCAAAUGCAUCGAUUUGACGAACUCAAACAGCAAAAACGAGAUGCAUAUGAUGAGACAGCUCGAUUUCGAUUGCCUCGAGAUAUGGGCGGCAAAGAGGCACUCAAGAUGAUUGACGAUCUGCUGGUCAGACUGAGACAGGAGUGGGAGUAUCAGAUACAGGAUCAGCCCAAGCAAUUCACAGAAGACCACAUGAAGGAGAAGCUGGAUCACAUUAUGAACUUGGAGGAGGAAAUUGAGAAUCUGCUGGACAUCAUUGAUAAGAAUAAAGAGGAAUACGAGGCAAGCACAGCCAUGUACAGGCGAUUUGAGCAGGGUGGAUUUUUCGAUACAUUGUAUCCGUCACCGAGUGCUGCUCUUGUGAUAUCAGAUUCUGAAGACUCGGUGGAAGAGCUGGAGAGCACAAACGCCAUUCACAAGAGUCGCCUGCUCAAGAAGAAGCAGUUACGUGAGCAGCGAAAUAUAACCAAUGCAGCCAUUGAAUUGGGGCAAGAGAGAGCCAAAUUGGAGGCUGAACGAUGGGCAUUUACAGAAAUGAAGAGACAGCUGGAGAUGCAGGACAUAUUAAACGACCAAGACAGACCCAACAACCACUCUCCAAGCCCUGUUCCUGCCCCGCCUUUGAUACCUCGCAAACAACCCAACAUUCAAACAGAGUCUGAUAGAGCAAGGAAACGAUUGCGAUCAUUUCUUGGUGCACCUUCUGGUAACUAA